AUGUCUGACAGUCUGGAUAAUGAAGAGAAACCCCCAGCUCCCCCGCUGAGAAUGAAUAGUAACAACCGAGAUUCCUCGGCACUCAACCACAGCUCCAAACCACUUCCCAUGGCCCCCGAAGAGAAGAAUAAGAAAGCCAGGCUUCGCUCUAUCUUCCCAGGAGGAGGGGAUAAAACCAAUAAGAAGAAAGAGAAAGAACGCCCAGAGAUCUCUCUUCCUUCAGACUUUGAACAUACGAUUCAUGUGGGGUUUGACGCAGUCACCGGGGAGUUCACUAACUCCCCCUUCCAGACCUCUCGACCUGUGACGGUCGCUUCAAGUCAAUCAGAGGGAAAAAUGCCAGAUCUCUAUGGCUCACAGAUGUGCCCAGGGAAGCUCCCAGAGGGAAUUCCUGAGCAGUGGGCACGGUUACUCCAAACCUCCAACAUAACAAAGCUGGAACAGAAGAAGAAUCCACAAGCCGUCCUAGACGUUCUCAAAUUCUACGAUUCCAAAGAAACCGUCAACAACCAGAAAUAUAUGAGCUUUACAUCCGGAGAUAAAAGUGCACACGGAUACAUAGCAGCCCAUCCUUCGAGUACAAAAACAGCAUCAGAGCCUCCUUUGGCUCCUCCUGUGUCCGAAGAAGAAGACGAAGAAGAGGAAGAAGAAGAAGACGACAAUGAGCCCCCGCCGGUUAUUGCGCCAAGACCAGAGCAUACGAAAUCAAUCUACACUCGUUCUGUGCUUGAAUCCAUUGCUUCACCAGCAGCACCAAAUAAAGAGGUCGCACCACCUUCUGCGGAGAAUGCCAAUUCCAGUACUUUGUAUAGAAACACAGAUCGGCAAAGGAAAAAAUCCAAGAUGACAGAUGAGGAGAUCCUAGAGAAGCUAAGAAGCAUUGUGAGUGUUGGUGACCCAAAGAAAAAAUACACAAGAUUUGAAAAAAUAGGUCAAGGGGCAUCAGGUACUGUUUAUACAGCGCUAGACAUUGCAACAGGACAAGAGGUGGCCAUAAAGCAGAUGAACCUUCAACAGCAGCCCAAAAAGGAAUUAAUUAUUAAUGAAAUUCUGGUCAUGAGGGAAAAUAAGAACCCCAAUAUUGUUAAUUAUUUAGAUAGCUACUUAGUGGGUGAUGAACUAUGGGUGGUCAUGGAAUACUUGGCUGGCGGCUCUUUGACUGAUGUGGUCACCGAGACCUGUAUGGAUGAAGGCCAGAUAGCAGCUGUGUGCAGAGAGUGCCUCCAAGCUUUGGAUUUCUUGCACUCAAACCAAGUGAUCCAUAGAGACAUAAAGAGUGACAAUAUCCUUCUUGGGAUGGAUGGCUCUGUUAAAUUGACUGAUUUUGGGUUCUGCGCCCAGAUCACCCCUGAGCAAAGUAAACGAAGUACUAUGGUGGGAACUCCCUAUUGGAUGGCACCUGAGGUGGUGACUCGAAAAGCUUACGGUCCGAAAGUUGAUAUCUGGUCUCUGGGGAUUAUGGCAAUCGAAAUGGUGGAAGGUGAACCCCCUUACCUUAAUGAAAAUCCACUCAGGGCAUUAUACCUGAUAGCCACUAAUGGGACUCCAGAGCUCCAGAAUCCUGAGAGACUGUCGGCUGUGUUCCGUGACUUUUUAAACCGCUGUCUUGAGAUGGAUGUGGACAGGAGGGGAUCUGCCAAGGAGCUUUUGCAGCAUCCAUUUUUAAAAUUAGCCAAGCCUCUCUCCAGCCUGACUCCUCUGAUUAUCGCUGCGAAGGAAGCAAUUAAGAACAGCAGCCGCUAG